AUGGGUGAACACGAAUUGGCCCUUAAAAUCUCGAACAUAAUCGCUUACUUGGCCGUACUCGGCGUAAACAUCGUGCUCUUCGCGAAUUGUUCGAGUGGCGACAACGACAAUAACGACGACGGCUCCUCAAUCAAUCCGUUGACAAAUGACACCAAUUCAAAGUCCGACACAUUCCUGUCUCCUCCAGAAUAUGCCGAAUCCAUUUUUGGAUUGAUUUACCUCUUGUUGGGUGGCUUUGUUAUUUAUCAAUGGUGUCCUCCCGCCAAGGAUGCUGUCAUCGAAGGAAUCGGAUGGGACCAUGUUAUUGCUAGCGUGUUGAACGUUAGUUUCGUACUUGUGUGGGUAAGUGCAUAUCAACUGUGA